GAUGUGCAGCCACUGAAAGUGCACCGUCACUUAGAGAGGUGGAAUGCGAGCCCAAGGCAGAGGUAGUGGACCCAUGACGUAAUCAGCGAUUUCCGAUCUGUGGUCGUGUUCCACGGCUUCUUCGGUUCCUUCAAAACGUCAAUCAAAACAACCAGAAAUGUCUCCACAGCUGAGAUCAUACCUGGAGCUUGUCUCCGCAAACGACAACUUUUCCUACGAUUUUCAAUCCCAGUCCACAUACUACACCUUCCAUCUGCCUCACGAUGACCUUCCACAUGGCUACAUGCACCCCCUUGUUGUCUCGAAAAUGCCUUGGACGCCGUCUUUCCUCGUCGACCAUCAAACACGCACAGUAACCCUCCGAGCGCUCGCCAACGAUGACAUGUCACGAGCAUGUAACUCAGCCUUGCAAGACCUCAUCGACGUUAUCAUAGAAAAGAACACAUUCGAGGUUUUGGCAGGGAGACACAGCGAAAUGUAUCGCGUUCCCGGUGCCGUGUGCCCCGUCUCCAUCGAGCGAUUCGCUGCGCCGCUCUUCGGAACCAUAGGUCGAGGCGCGCAUCUUACCGCGUACACACAUACGCCAGAUGGAAUGAAGAUCUGGGUCCCACGCCGCAGUGCUAACUUGAAAACUUACCCGGGGAUGCUAGAUAGUACCGUCGCGGGCGGUGUGCGCGCCGACGAAAACCCGUUUUCAACGAUCGUGCAUGAGGCGGAUGAAGAAGCUUCUUUGAGCGAAGUGGUAGUGAGACGUGAUGUGAAGGCUACUGGAGUAUUGACGUAUAUGCACUCCACUGAUCACUCUUUUUUCGCGGAGAAGGAUUUAGUGAUCCCAGAUAUGCUGUACGUGUACGAUUUGGAACUUGCCACGAACAUGGUACCUAUACCAAAAGAUGAUGAGGUCAAGGAGUUUUAUUUGAUGGAUAUUGAAGAGGUGGAAAAGGCGUUGAGGAGUGGGGAGUUCAAGGUGAAUUCGGCGGUAGUGAUGAUUGACUUCUUCAUCAGACAUGGCAUUGUCACGGAGGAGAACGAGCAGGAUUAUGAGGAAAUAUGCAUGCGAAUGCACAGGCGCUUACCAUUCCCCAUGUCCAAAACGAGGUAAAGGGCGAAGAACAUGGUG